AUGCGGUGGCGUUUUUGAUAAUUUCAUAUGCGCAGAGCAUCAAAAUACGCCUUUUUUUAAAAUUUAGUUGUCUUCGCGGCGACAGGAAGCCAGCAUAGCAAAAUAGCAUUUUAGCGGUUGCUUUUGAAAUUAAGUCGAUAAGGACGUCUGCACUACACCCGGAAGUAAACGGAAGCGUCGAUGAGAGAAGAAAUUUCAAUUUCAAAAAGCAUGUCCCAGCUGGUGGUUGUUUUUUCCUUUUUCGGGUUCCUGGUGUGACCAUCCGAGGCUACCAAUUUGGACUGAAUCACAUCUCCGUCUGGAGACACAGCCAGAAACUGACAUCAUGGCCAAUUAUGUCAAUAUCCACACUCAGCUGGCCUCCAUUAUGGAGGUUUUAGCAAACGCUGCCGUGGCAGAGAUCUGCCAGCUUGUCGACGAUGGUUAUGCGACGCUGAGGCUUGAAAUAUCCAGAACCCAGCGAGAAAACUUGGCUCUUAAAAGCAAACUUCGGCUGAUGGAAGUCCGUUCACGCGAGCAAUACGCCAAAAGAAAUGUCAAUCCACCCCCUGUAGUGACUUGUACAAGGAAAGAUCCCCAAGUUGGUGAAGGGCAUCUAACCAGUGGAGAAAGAAAUCUAAAGUCAACCAUUGUGGGGACUACUGGCUCUCAGUUGUUGUCAGUAGGUUUGUCAGAGACCCCAGUGGAACCUGACGUGGUGCUGAUCAAGGAGGAGAGGCUUGAAGAUGAACCAGUCAGCUGCAGCUCGCUAGAAGACCAGCGGAGGACUCCUAGUUGCAUUGCUGGACUUUCGACUUUUACUAAUGAGAAUGACCACCACCUUAUCGUCGAAUCAUCCCUGAACCUCAAUGAAAAGGAAGUGCCCAGAAUCAGCCUUUCAGGUCAAUAUGAAGUGGAAGACUUUACUGAACCUGGACCUCAGCAAGUACAAGAAUGUAAUGAGGAGAGUCCCAACAAUCUGAAGCCCCAACAAGGUGACAGUGGAUACAGUUCCCGUGACUGGCAUACACAGCACUCCGAUCGCAACCUUGACUUGGCAACAGGAAGCAUGGGUCCAAACAGAGCUAAGGAAAUGACAGACUUGUCGUCUUCUCAGACAGAAGAAGCCAAAGACAGGGAUGAUGGGGGUUCAUGUGGUUCUUGCUUGGUGGGUGUUGCUGCAGGACCUAGAAAUAUCAAGGUGCUUGAUGCAGAGAACCCAAUGAUAAAGACAGUAAAUACGGACCUUCCAUUGACAAAAACCGGAAUGAAUGGUUUGUGCGACACUGUGCCGUCUUUGUUGCCUGAAUGGAAGAGAGGGGCAAUGGUAUUAGGCUCCAAAGCCGUUAAAACUGAGGAAGAAUUGCUACCUUCCUGGUCUGAAAAAAAUGCUUUCAGGAGAAGUUUGCCUUCAGUUCCCAUUCGUCAAAAAGACAGGGAGGAAAUUCAGAUAAAUAACCGUAAAGCCAAUAUUGACAGCAGUGAUACUUGUAGCAACAGCCUUUCCUCACACAGUCAGUACAGAGAGAGUGAAUUAGGAGACAGUAAAUCCAGUGAGCUGGAUACUGGCAACUUUGACUCCUCCUCUUUUGAUGACCUGUUCUCUUCCCCUGAAGUGGCUAGGUCUUUGUUGGCUCCCCUCAAAGACUCCACAGAUGGUGGCGGAGUCUUAGAAGAGCGACUGUCAUCAUCUUCCUUUCCAUUCUUGGCCAGCGGGACUAGUUUUGCUAACCUUUCUUCCUCAUCGGACUCUCUCGCUGACACAAGCCUCAGGAACCCGUCCUCCAAUUCUAGAAGCAGAGUCUUUACAACCAACCCAGCACGGGUAUUCAGCUGUCAACAGUGCGGGAGGCUCUUCUCCAACUCCAGAGACCUGGUGGUUCACCAGAGAUCACACGCUGGGGAAAGACUCUUUCACUGCCCUCUGUGUAAGAAGCCUUUUCUCCAUCUCCAUCAGCUUAAAACCCACCAGCGGGUCCACACUGGGGAGAAACCAUUCAGCUGCACACAGUGUGGCAAACGAUUCUCGCAGUCCAGCCACAUAAAGAGGCAUAUGAGUGUCCAUACGGGGGAAAAGAGGUACAGCUGUGGCCUGUGUGGGAAGCGGUUCUCCCAGUCAUGUAGUCUCAAAGUUCACCAGGCCGUACACACAGGAGAAAGACCCUACAGCUGCACCCAGUGUGGCAAGAGCUUUUCUGUGCUAGGAAACCUGGUCAGACACCAAAGUGUUCAUAUUAGUCUCGAGAUGUUGGCCAACUCGGCUGUGGUGGAGAUUUGCAAACUGGUGGAUGAUGGAUACGCGGCGCUGCGAUCCCAAAUGAACCAGGAGAGAGAGAGGAGCGAGAAGGAAAACGGUGCCCUGCGGCAGAAGCUACGAGAAAUGGAUGUAAAGAUGCGGAGCUAUGAACGAAAGAUGAGAAGACGCAGUCAGCGAGAUGAGAUGCACACGGUUCAAUUUAGGACGACCGAGGCAUCUGAAGAUCAUCAGCCUCGGGUGCCACAUCCCUCUGCUAUCCCUGAAGAUAAACCAGUUCUUCACAUGUCACAGGAGGACCCCAAGGUAUUAUCGAUGGUAAAGCAAGAAAAAGUAGAGAGAGAUGACUGCAACCUGGAUCUCAAAGUGGAAGUCAACAUAAGGGCAGAGUGUGGCCUUGCUUCGGAGGACCUGCUUGAACAUCUUGAUUCAACCAUUACUAUUGAGAAGAUAACUGACAUUAUCAAGCACCUACUCUCAAGUAAAGCACCAGGUUUAGAUGACUACAUGGCUGAUUUCUACAAGGCUUACACCGAGGAACUAGCACCAUUACUCCUAGACACCUAUAACGAAGCUCUAGAGAAGGGAAAACUUCUUCCCUCUCUAUCAGAGGCCAUUAAUACCCUUAUUCCGAAAGAAGGGAAGGACCCUUUAGAUUCUCUGGAGCCUAGUGAGGAAGCCAACACCACGGAUAAUUCUCUUGACACCAACGCCUCUACCAUCAUCUCCACCAUAGCCCCUUCCUCUUCUCCCCCCACUGAGGCCACAGUGGACCUUACCUGCCGACCCCGAACAAAACGCAAGGCCACCAAGCCCAUCAGUAGUUUAGCAGCCUCUGGUGGAGACAUCUCGAUUCGAGGAAGCUUAUCAGACCUUGCAAUGAAACCAGAGAUCCAGACAGAUGAUGCUUCUGAGCAGGAAAGUCCAUCUGCUCAGCUGUCUGCCACCACAAACUCAGACGAGCCGAGUCCUGAUAGACUUAACAGCCUGGGCCUCGACCUGGCCUGGAUGCAAGAGCGUGUCAGCCAUCUUGGGGCAGCCUUUGCAGUAGCGCAGUUAGGCCUGGGGAACACAGAGACCAACCACCCCUCGGCUUCCUUCCCAACAACGGGGGGAGGAGGAGCAGAUGGCUUGGAUGGCCCUCCCACAAUGCUCUUUCCGGGCGGUGCUCAUGAAAUGGCUAGCUUUGCAGCCUCCUUCGACAUGGCUGCCGCCGCUGCUGCAGCAGCAGCCGUUGUGGCUGCACCUCCACCUCCUUCUCCUCCUCCUCCUCCUCCGCCGCCGCCAGCUCCUCCAGCAGCUCCACUGUCCAGCAACAGACGUCCUUACAGGAGUGGCAGACCGGCAGCCAAAGAGCCAAUGGUGUGCACUGUCUGUGGGCGUGUGUUCCCCAGCGCAGCCACCUUGGAGCUUCACCAGCGGGUGCACACAGGCGAGAGGCCCUACAGCUGCCCCCAUUGUGGGAAAGGCUUUGCUCAGCCAAACAACCUACGAGUCCACCUCCUCAUCCACUCUGGAGAGAGGCGCUACCGAUGCUCCCUGUGUGGGAAAAGCUUCAUCUCAUCCAGCCACCUGAAGCGGCACCGCACAGUUCACACCCAAGAAAAGCCGUACAGCUGCUCUCGCUGUGGACAGUCCUUCAGCCAGAUGUGUAGCGUUCGCCGCCACCGACAGCAGUCACAGUGCGGCCUGUAGACUGAGAGACCAACAAUAGAGCAUUGUGGAAGAGAAAACAAGGUGGAAAUAGGUGAAUCGGCUCAAUGUGUAGGAUGGGCUAACUUGGCUAAA